AUGUCGGAGGAACGCAGCAAAAUCUCCCUGCGUAGCGGCAAACGCAAGGCUAAGCCCACCAUCAGCGCGCCGCGACAGAUCUCCAGUCCCAUCCUGCAAGAUGGUUCCAACACAGCCGUCGCCCCAGGACCUUCUGGCGCGACAAGCGAGCCGCCGAUGCGGCCUCGAUUAAGACCGCCGCCAAUGGCUGGUGGAAAGACAUCGGACUUGGUCAAACAACGAUACUCGACACGGUUCAACAACAUGCCCCUUGAUCUGGACGGCCCAAUACCUUCGGUACCGGCACUACCGUUAAUGGACAAAUACGAUCAAAAAGACCGACGUCCACCUCCUUCCCGAGGCGGUGCUGCACCUAUCAUCGACAUCAAGGCUCUGCGAGAUCCCGCCCUCGUGCCGGAUCAAUACGUGGCAGCUGUGCUCGGCGAUGCUACCGAUGGUCAGAUUCGCGAAUUUGAAGACUCUCUCAAGAAGCUUAAGAUUCGUGCCGCCUCCGAUUUACAGCAAAACUUACUACAGAACCGCACCCAAUUCAUCAAGAUUAGUAAAGAGGCAGAGAAGCUCAAGGGCGAGAUGCGGACGCUGCGUAACCUCAUGUCGGAGCUCAAGACAAACACAACGGCGUUGCGAUCGGCGACUGCUAAAAACGACGAGCCUGCGAGCAUACCAGGCCAGGCGACGCUCAGCAAGCGAGACAAGCGCAGCUCCGUAGCAGACAGAAGCGCGCUCUGGAACUCGCAGAUGCAGGCCCUGUAUAAGAAUGUCGAAGGCUCGCAAAAGUUUCUUCCCAACUCGUCUGGGCGUCACGUCAUCCAAAACGCAGGGCCGUGGGUCGAGCUCGACAAUGCCACAUACAAGUCUCGCAGGGCCAUGCAAAUAUUCUUGCUCAACGACCACCUGCUCAUCGCCUCUCGCAAGAAGCGCAAGAUGGAUGCGCCCAGCGCUGACACGCGAGGUCCCAUGAUGAAGCUCGUUGCUGACCGGUGCUGGUCGCUGCUCGAUAUCGAGGUCAUUGACAUGCCAGGGGCUGGGGACUCGUCUGGCGGCCGCAAUAAGCUUGCCGACGCCAUCAUGGUACGAGGCGGCGGGCAAGAGUCGUUCAUCUACAGAACCGAAAAAGCAGAUGACUCCUCCAAAAAGGCUCUCCUGCUCAACGUUCGCAAGGCGGUGGAAGAGCUCCGCAAGGGUCUCGAAUUCGAAAUGGAGGCCAACAACAAGGCCAAGGAGACAAUCAACUAUUUCGCCUCGCGAGAUCCCGGCCUGCUACAAAAGACGGAGCUCCUCGAGACUUUGUCGGACAUUAAGGAUAUGCUCAUCGAGGUCGACGGCAAGCAACAAAACUUGCGCUGGGUGGAGAGCCAGAUGGAUGAGCUGGACAUCAAUAUUGCGCUGCAAGAAUUCGAGCCUGCAGUGGCACGCGUGGAGAAGCUCAAGAGUCUGUCGAAAGGCCUCAAGAGCAACGCAGUCGCGCAGGACUUUAUUAGCUUCAAGGUAGACGAGCGAUGCAACCGCCUAGGAGACAUCGUCAUUCGUGAACUAGAGGCCACACACAACGAGAGGAUGAAGACGAAGCAAAAUAUUUCCUGGUUGACGAGGCUGGGGUAUCAUGACAGAGCAAGAGAAGCCUACCUGGACGCGCGAAGCGCUACAAUUCAUAAACGUUCAAGGCAAUGCAUCUUCCAGGGAGACUUGCAUCUGUACAUUUGGCAGCUGUCGUACGUUUACUUUACUAGUAUACACAACACUGUCCAAUGUUUCCAGGCGUGCUUCCCGCCACCGAUGAUGAGCGCUUGCGUGAAGUGGGCUAAGCAAGAGGUUGAGGCCUUCAAUGCCAUUCUCGCCAGGCAGCUGAGUAGCACAGAACGCGGUGGCCCGGUCUGGACAGAGUGCAUGAACAGAGCAAAGGAGCAUGCUACGAAACUCUCUGCUGUCGGGCUAGACUUUCAGAAUCUCGUUGGACGAAUCGAUGUACCUUCAGACGCGAUGCCAUCACCUACUGGACUUGGGCUGACAUCGAGCUGA